AUGGCAAGUUUCUGCUUAAACCCAGAUCUUCAUUGCAAUACUGCCAGGGCAGUUGAAAUAAUCGAUGUUACUGAAGUUCCUCCCUCGUCAUCAUCAACAGCAACUACUAUCGAUCUACCUCUGCCACCAAGUUCUCAAAUCCAUUCUUCAUCAACAUCCCUUCUUGAUUCUCGUCUUCACAGUGACUUAUCUGCUCAACAUCAUCAUCCUACUCCCAUUGAUCCUACUUUGGUACUUUUACCACCACCAAUCUUUUCCUCAGUUUCACAGCUUCCAAUAGAACAUUAUCGUCGUCUUGAUCAAGCUAGUUCGAUUUAUUUGGCGCCACCGCCACCAAGUGUAUGGUUGGGAUAUGUUUUAAUCCAACGUGAUACGAUUCUAGAAUCUUUUAGUAAUGAUGGCCAUUUUUCUAUGGAUCCUGUUUUCGCAUUGCUCUGA